GGGGGAAGAAGCUAUUGGCUGGAAAGUAGGUUAGUGGUGCGACGUUCAGUGGCAAGCCAGGCGGAAAGUAGGUCAGGGACGGGGGCUGCCUGCGCUGCCCAUAGCCCUCACCGCGCCGCCGAGGGGCACCGACCCCCUCCCCCCUAUACGGUUUUUGAAAGAGCUUGACUAACAAAUUGCCAGAGCAUGACAGAAGUUUUAAGGUGAUUGCUGAGGCAGAAUCAGCUAGCAGAUUGAGUGCAGGCCUUUUCUUCUAGGGUGGAGCUAGGCUUCCAGAAAGUAAGUUUUAAGACGAUCCAAUGGCUGACCAAAGGAUGGACAUUUCCUCUACAAUUAGUGAUUUUAUGUCACCAGGACCCACCGACCUAAUCUCUAGUUCCCUUAGCACUUCAGGAAUGGAUUGCAAUAGGAAAAGGAAAGGAAGUUCUACUGAUUAUCAACUUGAUGGAUUUUCUUUUGAAGAAGGUAUGGAUACAGAUAAAGAUGACCAACACGGAAGGUUGGAAUAUACGGACCAACAAGGCAGAAUAAAAAAUGCAAGAGAGGCUCAUAGCCAGAUUGAAAAAAGACGUCGAGAUAAAAUGAACAGUUUUAUUGAUGAAUUAGCAUCUUUGGUACCAACGUGCAAUGCUAUGUCCCGAAAGCUAGAUAAACUUACUGUACUGAGAAUGGCUGUUCAGCAUAUGAAAACAUUACGAGGUGCCACAAACCCAUAUACAGAAGCAAACUACAAACCUGCUUUUCUGUCAGAUGAUGAAUUAAAACAUCUUAUUCUAAGGGCAGCAGAUGGAUUUCUUUUUGUUGUGGGCUGUGACAGAGGGAAGAUAUUGUUUGUUUCAGAAUCUGUCUUCAAGAUCCUCAACUACAGUCAGAAUGAUCUGAUUGGUCAGAGUUUGUUUGACUACCUUCAUCCUAAGGAUAUUGCGAAAGUUAAGGAGCAGCUCUCUUCUUCUGAUACUGCACCACGAGAAAGGCUCAUAGAUGCAAAAACUGGACUUCCAGUUAAAACAGAUAUAACACCUGGGCCAUCGCGACUUUGUUCUGGAGCAAGACGUUCCUUCUUUUGUAGGAUGAAAUGCAACAGACCUUCAGUGAAAGUAGAAGACAAGGAUUUUCCUUCCACCUGCUCAAAGAAGAAAGCAGACCGCAAAAGCUUUUGCACGAUUCAUAGCACAGGAUAUUUAAAAAGCUGGCCGCCAACAAAAAUGGGACUAGAUGAAGACAAUGAGCCAGAUAAUGAAGGCUGUAACUUAAGCUGUCUUGUUGCAAUUGGACGGUUACAUCCUCAUGUAGUUCCUCAACCAGUCAAUGGCGAGAUCCGGGUUAAACCUACAGAAUAUGUCUCUCGACAUGCAAUAGAUGGGAAGUUUGUUUUUGUAGAUCAGAGGGCAACAGCCAUUCUGGCAUACUUACCACAGGAACUUCUAGGCACUUCGUGUUAUGAAUAUUUUCAUCAAGAUGAUAUAGGACAUCUUGCAGAAUGUCACAGACAAGUUUUACAGACAAGAGAAAAAAUUACAACUAAUUGUUACAAGUUUAAAAUAAAAGAUGGCUCUUUUAUUACCUUGAGGAGUCGCUGGUUCAGUUUCAUGAACCCUUGGACCAAAGAAGUAGAAUACAUCGUCUCAACGAAUACAGUUGUUUCCACCAAUGUACUUGAUGGUGGAGAUGCAGCCUUUCCGCAGCUUGCAGCUUCUCCGCACAGCAUGGACAGUGUACUUCAGGCUGGAGAAGGUGGCACAAAAAGGACCCUUCCUACAGUUCCUGGUAUUCCAGGUGGAACAAGAGCUGGGGCAGGUAAAAUAGGUAGAAUGAUUGCUGAGGAAAUCAUGGAGAUUCAUAGGAUAAGAGGGUCAUCACCUUCCAGCUGUGGUUCCAGUCCAUUGAACAUUACCAGCACACCACCCCCUGAUACGUCUUCUCCAGGAGGCAAAAAGAUUUUGAAUGGUGGAACUCCAGACAUUCCCUCUGCUGGUUUACUAUCUGGGCAGAUCCAGGAUAAUUCUGGCUAUCCAUAUUCCGACAACUCCUCCAUUCUUGGGGAGAACUCUCACAUAGGCAUAGAUAUGAUAGACAACGACCAAGGAUCAAGCAGCCCCAGCAACGACGAAGCUGCAAUGGCAGUUAUAAUGAGCCUUUUGGAAGCAGAUGCAGGCCUCGGAGGCCCUGUGGAUUUUAGCGACUUACCGUGGCCCUUGUAAAUGCUACAUAUUAAUUCAGCAUCUGAAUAUCAAAGUGCAUUAUUGGUGGAGUUCUACAGUCUGUGAAGCUUGGAUUAUGAGAAUAGCUUUUAUGUUUGAAUUUCAUAAAAGCCAUAUCAGAACACACACCUCAUCCUACCAUGUGUCAUUUCAGACAAAGUGGAGAUAAAACAUGCUACAGUGUUCUUGCAUUAUGGAUUUGGUUAGCUGUGGAUAGCUUGCAUUAAUUGUAUAUUUUGGGAUUCUGUUCUUUUUGAAUUUUUUUUUAAUCACUGUGCAACUCAGCACUGUUAUCAUUGGUAGCUUUUAUAUGCAAACGGUCAUUUCAGAUGUAUGAUGUGUUUUUACACUACAAAAAGAUCUCCCAUGUGGAUAUUUCUUAUACUAAUUGUAUCAUAAAGCUGUUUAUUCUUUCUUGUCAGAAUCCUUUACUAUAAAUAUUGUUAAAGUGUAAUGUAUUAGACAGUUAAAUAUUUUUAAAAUAAAUAUGUUUCCCUUGUUCUAAAA